AUGGCGGCAACUGAUGCGAAAAGUCAUGAAAACAAGGACAUUCAAGGCCACUCAAAGUCCGAAAAUUUCAAGAAGAAAAUUAUUUUGACGGAGGACGAUGUCCCAGGAGCAUCGUUCAAAAAUAAGGAUCCUCAAAUCUUUCAUAAUGAACAACUUAAACGUUGGUUAAAGUGUCGAGGUGCUAGUGUGGGUGGGAGUCGAAGAGAAUUACUUACAAGGUUUGUAGUUCUGUCAGUAUUUUUCUGUCAGGAUUUUAAAAAUUAAAGCGAUUUUCUAAGGGCCCAGCUGUGUCUUUGACUUUAAUAGAAUAAAGGAUUAUCAAGUAUCUGGUCAGGACAAGAAAAUCGUCGAUCCAGAUGGAGGGAUACAUCUUCGUAGACUUCGACUUGAGCGCGAGCUGCGAUCACAACAAACCAGCGAUAAUCUUCCCAAGAGAGUUACAUGGCCCAGCGAUGGUUGGACAUUAUCCUUGGAACAAAUGCCUCCGUUUCAGCAUUGUUAUUUGUUUGCUCAUUUAGCCGGAGAAAUGGAAAGUAACUCGAAGAAAGUUCGCCGAGGUGCUUUCAAAAGCAAGCGUGAAGGUUACGCUCUAUAUAAAGCCGGACAUGUGCAAAAGGUAAAGUUCAACCACACGACAGAUGAACAUUUCUGUUUUUUUGAAAGCCGCGUAAAGGCCUCCAUGACUAGAAACAAAUUAUACAGGACAAGAGUAUCACUAAGUAAGCAAACGGCUCAGGUGAAGUCUGGUGCAUGUAACUGUAAAGCAGGAGCUAAUGGUCGAUGUAAGCAUAUUGGCGCAUUGCUGUACAAAAUACUCGAUUUUACUGAAAGCGAAGUGGAUGAAAUACCACAAGACCUUACGUGCACUGAAAGACCACAACAGUGGCACAUACCCCGCUCUAAUUCUUCAAAGGACGAACUAGUUCUAUUGGAUGAGUUAUUACUGAUUAAGCAAAAUUAUGAGGCCGAUAAAAAGAGGAAGAAAAACGAGGUAAGGACUCAGAGAAAAGUGGAAAAGCAAAUGUACGACGCUGCACCCUCUUUUGCCAGAAAAAUCAAUGAACAUCAAAUAAAACAGUUUUCUGAGGACUUGAAAGCAGCAAAAACAAAGAACCGACCAAUGCUUAUUGAUUUGUUAGAAGGGAAUGAAUGCAAGCCCAUUGUCACUCAAGACAUAACACUAAGGGAAAAUCGAGACAACAUACUGAAGGAUCAUGAUUAUUGUUGUCAUUCAAACAGAAAACGUCAAAAUGAAAUUGGGGAUGCAGAUAGUGGCAUUGAUCUUCCUUGCAAAAUCAUUAAAAUGGAAAGCGUUAUUGAGCCACUCGAUACAAAUUUUGACAAUCGAUUUUGCUUGUCUCAUUGUGAAGCUGUCCAAGUUGAUGCUCCUGACAGUGAGCGAUCUGUUACUGAAGAUGACAACCAAGAAUGUGUACAAUCCCUUCUGCCCGAGAACCCGUGUAUAAACACCAGUUUCUCUUACAUUGAAAAACAUAUCAUUUCUGACUGGAAUUUUCCCGAAUCUUAUUCAGAUGAUUAUGAUUUGAAUGAAGAAAAUUUCAGAAAGGUGUGCACUGACUUUGUUGAAAAACUUAGUAUAACUGAUACUGAAAUAUCUGAGAUAGAAAUACAAACAAGGGGUCAGUCUGAAAAUACACAGUGGUUCAAAUACAGAUGUGCACGAGUAACAGCAUCCAAGUUUGGGGAAAUUAAGAACAGAAGAUCCACCACUGCACCUGAUCGCUUGAUACGUGAUAUUUUUCAGUACAAUCCAAAAGGUAAAAUACCCCAUCAAUGUCAAGAAGGUUUAAGGCUUGAGCCCAUAAUCAAAGAGAAGUAUAUAGCCAAGCAAUCUGAAAAUGGCCACACUGGAAUAAAGGUAUCUGAAAAAGGAUUGAUCAUUGACAGAAAAAACCCUUUGCUUGCAGCUAGUAUUGAUGGUGAAGUUUAUGACCUGACAGCAAAGCACAGUCCAGUUGGAAAUCUGGAAAUGAAAUAUAAACAAUUUCCCAGCAGAUUAUGUACAGAACAGAAAAUUGAGGACAAUUUAUUACAUUUCAUUGCUAAGCAUGCAAAAGACUCAUGUCUUCAAAUAACCAGUAAUGGACUCAAGCUCAAAACUCGUCAUCAUUACUAUGCCCAAAUACAAGGAGGUAUGGGUAUUUCAGGAAGGCAAUGGUCUGAUUUGGCAGUCUAUUGUUACUACAGAAAUAUGGAGGAUUUGCAUAUUGAAAGAAUUUACUUUGACCCAAUUUAUUGGAAUGAUCUUAAACGUAACUUGUUAGAUUUUUGUUUACAUGCUGUAGUACCUGAGAUUAUCACCAGGCGAAUCAAAAGAGGAAAACCACUUCAUCCCACAGAGUAUUGUUACAAGAAGUAA